GGACUCCCUGUAUUAUGCAUUUUCAGUAGGCUUAUUUUUGCUGUUUUCUAGUCUGACUUCCCAGAGCUGGUCCUGACAGAGGAGGAGAAGCAGCUUCUGGAGAAAGAAGGUGUUACAUUACCAACCUGUCUGCCACUGACCAAAGCUGAGGAGCGAGUUCUGAGGAAGGUGCGUCGUAAGAUUCGGAACAAGCAGGCAGCUCAGGACAGUCGUCGCCGGAGAAAGAUCUAUGUGGAUGGCCUGGAAAACAGGGUGGCAGCCUGCACAGCUGAAAACCAUGAACUGGAGAAGAAGGUGCAGCAGCUGCAGAAGCAGAACAUGUCACUGCUCAGGCAGUUACAGAAACUGCAGGCCUUGGUGGGACGGUCCGCCCCCAAAACUACCAGAAGAAAAACCUGCACCAUGAUCGUGGUUCUGUCCUUCUGCCUCAUUCUGUCCCCCAGCAUCCGCUUGCCCGGGAGCGUAGAGCCACAGCGGGAGCUCAAGGUGCUGUCACGGCAGAUCCGCGAGCUUCCCAACCAAGGAGCACCUGAUGUGCAGCAUGACACUGAGCUGGAGGGCUUCAGCCCUGACCCUGGAGACUCCUUGCUAUCGGGCAACCUCAGUCAGUCAUGGGAAGAGGGGCAGAGUCCACUUAACUCCAGUCCCAGAUCUUUCAACAGCAACUCAUCCUCUGAUCCUCCGGCAGCAGCCGGCUCCAAGCCAGGCCCGCCCCAGAGUGACCCUUUGCCAGCAGCAGUGCUGGUGCCAUGGAAAUCCAAGGGUCAGGAGUGGGUAGAACACUCUGACAGAGUUCUCAUUCAGCAGCACCAUGCCAAUGAGAUGUGACCAGUGCUGCAUCCUGCUCCUUGGGAUGAUACUGGGCAUCCUGUGGAGCAGGGACAGAGUUGCACUAACAGAUUAUCUAUCCAAGCAGUUUCUUCUCAAUACUCUCCUCAUUGCCAGCAACUCAGAGGGUUUACCAGGGAGGAAUCAAUCUGACAUUUUUUAUCAGACUCCAUCUGAGAUGGGACAGGAAAUUCUGAGAACUUCACUAUGCCUGCUGAUGUGGCUACCAGAGUGCACCUGGUGACUUGUGGGGAUGGGCUGUGGCAGGGAGAGUGGAGGCAGUCCGUCUGAGGUGCCAGUACUUGCUCUGACUGGAUGCAGCUGCCAGUGCAGGCCACUGCCCUGCUUCUUCACUGCCCAGCUGGAGAUGAACAGGCACUUCUUAGUCUGUGUUGGGGCCCCAAACAUAUGUUCUAUGUCAGUGCCCUUUAAUCCUACAGUGCUGCCUGAUUUCUAGGUGUGAGGGAGCAAUUUGACCUUCAUUGCUCUCACGGGAGUAGUCCUGCGUGCUGCUGCGACAGACCCAGCAUGUCGCCUGUUCCUGCUAGCUUUUGAGCCAUGGCCACAGCUCCCAGCCUGGCUGGAGAAGGUAAUGCAGAGUCCUUCCUGAGCCAUGUGUGCUGUUUGCCUACCGUAAGGGCUGAGCCUUUCAUCUGCUGCAGGCUUUUGGGCUUCAGGGAGCAGGCAUGCCUUGAGCCAGACUGCUGAGGCAGCAUGUUCAGAGAGCAGCAGAGCUGCUUGCUCCUCUGAAGGCUUUCCUGGCCACAGGACAGUUUCAAAGCCAUGUCCUUGUGUGCCCAAGCCUUGCUGUGCUGGCUGGUGAUGCAGUCAAUGAUUGUGGGUCAAACAGAAACACUUUGAGCUGGUGAGCCGUGUCUUUGCCAGCGUGCAGCUUAGUGGUACCUGUAGAGAUCUCCUCAUCCUACUGCAGGACAUUCCAUAGAGUCAUAUAGAAUGGUUUGGAUCGGAAGGGGCCUCUAAAGGUCAUCUCGUCCAGUUCUCCCUGCAAUGAGCAGGGAUAGCUUCAAAUUGGAUCAGAAUAAUAAUGAAUAGCUUCCUUAUUAAUAGAGUCUAAAUAAAUAUUAAUGGUGUGUGA